CAAGCCAUAGGAAUCAAUGCUGCAGUCCUCAACACGAGCAUCACAUUUUUAUUAAACUACAUGCAUAUGGCCUAUCUUUAAUCUGAAAGUUUUUCGCACGCACACUAGCCAGUUAUAUCCUAUUAGGAGCAAUACAAUGCAUGCCUAAUUUUUAAGUAGCCCAUGCAUAACAGUUUAUGACUAUACAAAUAUCACGCACAAGCAAAAUUAUCUAUUUAAUAAAAAAAAAAGCAACUCCGCCUUAGGAAAUCACACACUUUUAAGUGCGCAAAUUCUUCUUUCUUCGAGCACACUUCGCAGUUUGGGCUGACACCAGACCUGCCUCCGAUGACAUCACCAGAGCCGCUCCUGCUGAUCGCGACGCGCGUUUGAGCGCUGCUGCAGAGCGACGCGGAGCGACGUUUAUCCGCCGAUCCGUCCUCGCGUUCAACAGCCAAACACGGACACGACAUGGCAGAGAGGAGCCGAGGAAAGCGGAGGAAACAGGCGAACCCGCGGAGAAACCGAGGUGAGCCGGAGCGCUGUCUGGGCUCUGAGGGCGAGGAUGAGGGCAGUGUUUGGGGGAUGGAGGUUCUGGACAGCAGAGAUGCUCAGGAUAAAGUCAGUCUGACGCCCAGCGAGGGCACGGAGCCCGGCAGUCCUGUCCCGUGUGCGGAGAGCUGGGCCAACACCGAAACCAGGACGCUGAAAAUCCCAGCCGCAGACCCUGAACACUGUCAGGCUGACGCUCGUGUGAUGGACGGCGCGUCACAUUAUGACUCUGUGUCACAACUGCUCAGACCGAUUCACGCUCAACAAUGCAACGGAUCCAUCAGCUCGUAUCAUUUAGACUCCGGUCAUGGCGACAUGUCGCCCGUCUGCUGGUCCCCUGGAGAUAACAAGUCACCCGAGGUCGAAGACAGUGGAGCCUUAAACCCUGACGCCGUUCAGAUGUGUCCAUACUGUCAGCGGACGUACCGGCACAACGCGUCUCUGCAGGAACACAUGAAGUUCUGUCAGGACCGGGAUGGAGGAGACAGUGUUUGUCCUCUGUGUGGAUACAGUACGCCGUACCGCGCUCAGAUGGAGCGACACCUGACCCUUCACCAGACUCAAGACAAGAACUCCAUGUCUGAGCCCGGUCUGGAGAACAGAAAGUUUAAGUGCAAUCAGUGUGGAAAGGCCUUUAAAUACAAGCAUCACCUCAAAGAGCACCUGCGCAUUCACAGCGGUGAGAAGCCGUACGAAUGCUCGAACUGUAAGAAGCGCUUUAGUCACUCGGGCUCCUACAGCUCUCACCUCAGCAGUAAGAAGUGUCUAAGCGGCGGCGGCGCGACAGGUAACAUCGCUCAUUAUAACGCCCAUCCCGCGUACCUCUUCCCCUCGCCCACGUCGCCCCCUGCUGUCAGCGGGAGAAAGGGCUCUCGGUUCCUGCCCGAGUCAUCUGUUCCCGUCCUGAGUCACUCGUGGGACCCGGCAGAGGAUCUAGCGCUGAGGACUGGUGUGUUUAAAGGCACAUCGCUUCUGCCGCUGCUACAGUCGCGCAGCAAAUUCGAGCACCUGUUGCAAGAGAUGCUGCGGAGGGAGGUGAGAGAUGAGAAACAAGCGAAAACUGAAAACUUCUCUCGGCUGUACGACAUCCAAACAUCGCCCACAACCAAUCACGCGCCUUAUAGAGAGCUGUCGUCGCCGCAGCGGGCGUCUUGGCAUUCUGUGCCGCAGCAGAUCCUCGUGCCUUUACCGACACCUGCGCAGCUGGAUAACCGCUGGCCAAGCGAAGGAAGUGCAAGUCCGAGAAAACCCACGUCACCCGCUUUACCUGAACGCCAGCAUCCAAUCGGCUCACGCUUCGGCUCUCCUCCAAGCUUGGACCUGUCAAUCAACAUGUCGCCACGGCAACCAAACCACAUCCAGAGCGAACCUUUAGACUUAUCUAUUCCCAAAGCGCAUUCGGCCGCGCCGCAGAAUCUGGCGUGUAAUGGCAACUCAAUGCAUCACGAGGGCGUGUUCAAGAGACUGACUCCGCCCUCCCAGCAGCAGGUGGGUGGGGCCUAUACAGCGUCGCCACUGUUCAGCAGCACGAUGUUCAGCAGCUUCCCGUUCUUAAACCACAUGAUCCCCCCUGGUUUGGGACACAACGGUCUGACAUCACUUCCUCUCACGCCACCCGUGCCCAGUCCGGGCUUCCUGUCUCCUGUGGCGUAUAUGAUGGAGGCGGAGUCAGAGUCAAUGCUGAAGAGAAUACAACAUGAAAGACAUUCGAUCAUGGCUGAAGCGCUGAAUCGUGGCGGUGUGGAGUAUCUGUGUUUGAUGGAUGAUGGGAUGGAUGGAGAGAUCGGUCCUGGGAGGAAGAGGCUGAAGAAGACGGAGGAAGGACUGUACGCCUGCGACAUCUGCGACAAAACCUUCCAGAAGAGCAGCUCUCUGCUGCGCCAUAAAUAUGAGCACACAGGGAAGAGACCUCACGAGUGUCAGAUCUGUAAGAAGGCGUUCAAACACAAGCAUCAUCUGAUUGAACACAGCCGCCUGCACUCCGGAGAGAAGCCGUAUCAGUGCGACAAGUGCGGCAAACGCUUCUCACACUCGGGCUCGUACUCGCAGCACAUGAACCACCGCUACGCCUUCUGCAGCCGCGACAGCGACCCGGACAUCAGCGAGCCGCCCGCCGCGUACCAGAGCGACUCCAGCAGAGACGAGGAGGACGAGGACGAGGACGAGGAAGAGGAGAGCGCUUACCAUGGAGGAGUGAGGACAGAGCAGACAGACGGAAACCAGAAACAGGAGAGUCCUGAUGGAGAGCGAGAGCAGACCAUACUGCAGUGUUUACCAAAGAUGUGAAGCACACACUGACGCGUCCUCUUCAGUGUUCAGACUGUGAACCAACACAUCCCUGCGCUUUUAGGCCAUUUAGGCAAAUAUGUGACCCUAGAGCACAAAAACAUUUAUUUUAAUUGAGAUGAAUGCAUCAUCAGAAGCUGAAUGAAGUUCUUAGCAAUGCAUAUUACUAAUCAAAAAUGAAGUUUUGAUAUAUUUACGGUAGGAAGUUUACAAAAUAUCUUCAUGGAACAUGAUCUUUUCUUAAUAUCCUAAUGAUUUUUGUCAUAAAAGAGAAAUGUAUAAUUGUGUCUCAUACAAUGUAUUGUUGUCUAUUUCUACAAAUAUACGUCUGUGACACUGAUGACUGCUUCUGUGCUGCAGGGACACAGAUACAUGAAAUGAACAAAUUCAUACAUAGAACUAGAUAAAUAAAUAACAAAACAUACUAAAUAAAUAAAUGCCAGUGAAUAAUCUCAGAAAGUCAUAUUUCAAAUCAAAAGAAAAUUAUGCCUGUUUUAGGACCAUUAGGAUUUUUUUUUUUUUUUUUUUUUUUUUUUGCACUGGCAGUGCAUAAGAAAAAAAAUAAAUGAAGAAAAUAAAAAGCGUAUUAUUGUAAUGCAUAUAUAUAAAUCAUGAAAUUUGGACAUGAUAUAAUUUUUUUUUACAAAUAAUUGAAUUAUGUAAAUGUCAUAAUGCAGUGAUCUGAAAUGGUUCUGAAAGAAGGUUUUAUUUUCUUUAUAAAAUACUUUUCUACCAAGUAUGUCAUAUCUCAAACUAAAAUAAUAUAAAAAAUAAAUAAAUAUGGAAUCAUAUUUUGCAUGCAGACGAUUUUUCCGCACUGGCAUUAAAUUGUCAUUAGUGUAAGGAAAAAUAAGGAAAUACAAAAAAAUAUUAUAUUAUUAUUAUUAUUAUUAUAUAUUGUUUUCUUUCUCUUUUUUUUUUUGGAGUGAAAUAUGACCUUUUAGUUUUCAUGUAUUUGAUGCAUUUUAAGAGCUCAGGAGCAGUUAUUAACACAAGACAAUAUUAAAUAUUUCAACAUAAUAGCUAUUAAUAUUUGCACAAAUCAUGUGUUGAUGAAGCAAUGCAAUCCAUUCAUAAAGUGUCCUUUCGAGAAAGAAAGCCAGUCGAUCAUGUGUUGCACUGAAUAUGAGCCGGGAAGCUUUAUAAUAUUGCCAAUUAUGCAAAUGUCUGCUCUUUAAACAUGCAGGAAUUUAAUUAACAGAAUGCAAUCGGUGCUUUAAAUCUGCCUUCACUCAUUUAGUGCUUGACUUUUUUAUUACUAUUAACUCUCUGUAAACGUGAACGUUGCACCAGAACUGUGCACUAUUUUCACCAGUGUUAUUUUUAUACCAAAUUUUUAAGCUUUGUUAAAAUGUUAAUACAUAAUCUUUGUAAUAAAGUUGUACAUAUUUUGGAAAGUACAGC